CAAUGCGGUUGUCAUUAUUUUGUUUACAAAACAUUGAUUAAACAGUUUUCUCGAGGAAGUGCAGUUUAUCUUAAUUUUCUGGCAAAAUGUCUUUUGUUGAGUGGGUAAAUCUCAUCAGAGCUGCAGAGAAGACUUCAAUUAUCUCGGGGGGACAGCGAAAGGUGCACUACACCUUCCCGGAUGGGCAGGAAAUGGUUGAAGAGUACAGUUUGGAAACAGGAGUCAUCCAGAGGAGAGCAUGGCGCAAGAAGAAAGAUCUACGUGGGGAGCCAGACUGGGAACUUGAGUUGGGAGACUGUGUCAAGGAGUUGAGAAUUGGAGGAGAUUUUAUCAUGAGGGAAGCAAACACAGAGCCAAUAAUAUCAAAACGCAUCACAAAAUCAAAUAUUGAAUGGAGAAUCCGAAAUCUCCCGUAUCCCAUUGAAACGUACUCCGUCACAGCUGAUACCGAGAAGAAGUCCAUUGUGGUGCGAACAACCAAUAAGAAAUACUAUAAAAUCAUUCAAAUUCCGGAACUGCAGAGAUGUAAUUCACUUCCAAAGCAGGAGAAUAUCUCAUUCAAGCAUCAGCACAAUACUCUGAUAAUCUCGUAUCAAAAGCCGAAAAUUCUUCUUGAAAUGGAAAAGGCCGUACUGCUGGAGCUAAAAGACGUUGAAACAACCACAGAUGUUAAUGUUGACUGCGAUGAAUUGCUCCAAGAACUGAUGCGUAAAUAGGAAUUUACAAA